AGCUCAGGUGUGUGUAUAUGUGUCUGUGAGUGUGUGAAUGUGUAGGUGUGUGUAUGUAUGUGUGAGUGUGGGUGACUCCAGUUCUGGACUAAGUAAGAGCAUCCCUUUUGCCUAGGCCUUACAAAUCCUCAUCAUGUGUACCCUUCUCAUCUGUCCUGGAUCCUGUUCAGCCACAAGCUGCCCCUAAGAGCUCUAGAAACUGCUCACUAACUUUGCAGACAGAUGACCCUUGAGCAGCGAGAAGAGACUGGGGCUCUCUACGCUGUCCCUCUCACUUGCCAGCUUGGAUCCCUUGGCAGAGUCCUUCUAGGCUCCAGGCUGGAAUCUUGACCAUGGAACUUUGAAGUAACUGCUUCCCAGAGCUCAGUGGCAGACCCCGGCACUCCAGGCCCUUGCUGCUUUCCUCCUAACCCUCUUUGAAGCUCCUAAAGGGAGGGGUGGGGAGAGGAUCCGCAUUUCCCUAGGUGGGGGGUUUUCCACCAUGAUGCUCAACUCCGAUACCAUGGAGCUGGACCUGCCUCCCACCCACUCGGAGACCGAGUCGGGCUUUAGCGACUGUGGGGGCGGACCGGGCCCCGAUGGUGCUGGAUCCGGGGAUCCAGGAGUGGUCCAGGUCCGGAGCUCAGAGCUUGGAGAGUCCGGCCGCAAAGACCUGCAGCACUUGAGUCGUGAGGAGCGCAGGCGCCGGCGCCGCGCCACGGCCAAGUACCGCACGGCACACGCCACGCGGGAGCGCAUCCGCGUGGAAGCCUUCAACCUAGCCUUCGCCGAGCUGCGCAAGCUGCUGCCCACUCUGCCCCCGGACAAGAAGCUCUCUAAGAUUGAGAUCCUACGCCUGGCCAUCUGCUAUAUCUCCUACCUGAACCAUGUGCUGGACGUCUGAACUCAGCCCGCAUCCCACCCUGGAUUCUCCCCAUUUCCCUGGGCCUCUCCAGAGCCCCCUGUCACCAUACAUUACUUAGAAUGGCCGGCCCCCUCCCAUCCCAGAGGACCAGGCUCACAUCGCUAGUCCUGAAGGCGGUUUCUUUUCAUUGGCCCAGGAAUGUGAAGGAUGUUCUUAUGGGUUCCUUCAGAGAGUUGUUCCGGCCUAGCUUGGUCAGAGUUGCUUGCCAGAGUGGUCAGAAUGGAGUCCGUGCUGGGUUUACUAAGCCUAGCCUCUCUGCACAGCUGCUGCCUCAUCUAUCCUAUGCCCAAGUUUUCAGAGACCCCAGACCCUAACUCUCUUUCUGGCAAUGGUGGGACUCAAAAUCGGAAUGGGAACUGACUAGCGGCAGAGGUUGAAGGAGCGGGUCCCCAACUCCCAGACUUUUCGGUCCAUUGGGGGGGGGGCAGUGGCGGGGGUGGGGGGGGGGAGGAAUGGGCUCUUGGGAUGGCAGAGAGAUGACGGAGGUGAAUCCUGGGUAGCCAGGGAUUAUAGGAAAAUUCUGCCUUUCUUUUGUCUCUCUCAGUCCUGAGGCUUAGGAUAUACAGACCUCAGAUCUAACUUGGUAGUGAGUGCCUUGCCUUCUUGGAGCUGUCCGGCCGCUCCCGGUCCCCUCCCACCCCUGCCACCCAGAAUUCUCCCUUUCCCUGUGCCGGCUAGAAAAAGGAAAACCUUAGUCCUGGGAUAAGGAUGACACCCCCAAACAGCCCAGGGCACCUUGCAGAAGGCUCAGGCCCUGGGUGGGGCCGCUCCACAGCAGCUCCUUCCAUCCCAGGGGACCCUUGAAAACAUGCAAACCCCAUCAGCUCCUCCCUCAGAUGCAAGGGCAUGCCUGCUACUGCCCUCUACGAAUGCUCUAGGGCCUUCUUAUUACAUUUUUCCCCUUCCUUUCUUAAACCGCCGUGGGAAGGAAGGUGACCCGCCCAUGCUGCUGAGCCCCACCCACCUGCCCAUUGUAGCCUUGCGACCCAGAGUCUAUGGGCCUUAAAUUCCCUGUAGAAGAACUCACUGCUUUUCUCUGCUCCAUCCAUCCUCACACCAAACUCCUAGCUCUACAAGGAUAUUUAUUUAUGUAUUUAUUUAUUCACUUAUUUAUUUAUGUAUUUAUUUAUUUAUAAAUAUUACUAUUUAUUACCGAGUUAUGCACUUUGGGGUAGGGUGAGGGGGGCUCCUUGCAGCUUGCUUUAGCUGAGGUCCUCUUGCUCUCUCCCGGGUCACUUCUCUUCUUCUUUCUCUAGUGCAAGUAUGUGUGGGGAUCCCUUCACCCACCAUACUGGUACCCCUUCUUCAGCUCCAUCUGUCCCUAUCCCCUUUCCUCUGGAAUAGUGUCCCUUCUCAGCCUCCCAGCUUCUAGGGGGUCCUUUCUCAAUCUCUCCCUGCUGCCCCCACCCCGACAAUCCCCCUCCAGUCCUGUGUACUCCAUUCCUCUUACCAGCCCUGCUUUUCCCCAAACCACCAAGAGCAGACCCUGGGAUCUGUGUCUGGUGUCCUGUGUGUCUUUGUCUGGUUGCAUUCCUAAUUUCCUACAAAAAGAAAAAUUAAAGUGACCUCGAUCUAGUACCAGA